AAUAAAGUCCACAUCCCCGUAUUCCAUAUUCCCAGGAGCCAGCAAAAGACACGACGGUUGAAGCUGAUUGCUUUUCCUGGUGGAGCACUGGAGAAUCCGAGACUUCAGAGAGCGCUAGUUCGGCACGUUUGGUGGCUCAGCCUUCUUCGUCGUCGUCGUCUCUUCUCCUGUUCAUUCAACAUCUUCAGACUUGCGGAGGGCUGUAUCAUGUUCAGCGCAUUGGGUUUCUCCCAGAAAUAAACAACAAAGCCUUCUUCUCUCUUGGUCUUUUGCCUGCAUAGAACGAACGAGAGACACCUGUAAAUCCUCCCGAGAAUGUAUGCCGGCCUCAAAAGGUUGUCCAGGUACUGACAGCAUCGUUUUAGAUACUAUGCACGGGUCACAUAAUUACAAUAACCCUCUUCGCCCACCAACCUCCAAUCCUCCAGCACCAGAAUGGCGGCUUUCGGCCACGGCGACGCCGCAGCGGCAUCCUCCUCCUCCUCCUCCUCCUCCUCCUCCUCCGCAGCCGUCCCAGUCCUACAGUCCAGGUACUGCUCAUGGAUCUAGUUAUGGCCAUCCUCCCCCUAAUCCUGGCGUGAGUGCAUCUCCUGCGUCUGGUGUGAUCAGCGCGGCCGGGGCCAAUACGACGUCAUGGGGGGUCAACUAUAAUAGGCAGAACUAUAUACCAACACCUCCACCUUUACCACCUCGACCCGCAAGCGCAACGGGUCAUCUCCAGAAUGUGCACUCCCCGAUCGUCAGCUCUCCGGCGACUGCCCCAAGCUACGGGGGUCAAAUUUCUUCAGGGGACUACUCCCAGCAAUGGACAUCGCAUCCUUCUUACGCUCCUCAACCACCUGUUACAUCGUUGUCGCCCCCGCCUCCCCCAGCAACAAACCCUCAUUAUCAGGCCCCCGCGUCGGCACCGACACAGCAGACAUGGCACCAGCAGCCACCUCCGUCCUAUUCCAACAUCCAACUUGGCCAAUAUCAUCCUAGUCCGACUGCUCCUGCUGUACCUAGCACCGUCAGCUCUCCCCCGCCGGUUCACCUGCCCCCAACAGGAUUCUCCCAGCAACCGUAUCCCCAGCUCGUCAGCUCGCCUCCACCUGAAAGACCAGCGACACACUCUCCUGCGCCGCAAAUCCUUCCGGUAGUAGCCCCUCCCGUGCCCCCCAAAAUGAGUCCUCUAGUCAUUCCUGCCGGUCCUUCAGCGCUGGGAUCCGGGGGCCCAUCUGAUUGGGAACAUUUAUCCCCCGUCCCGGGAGAUGUUGAUGAUGUGGACAUUUUCAAGCCUAAACGGGACACUAUCCCUCUAAACAAUGUCCUACAUGAGUUGGCCCCGAGCCAGCCGGUCCCUCCUCCUCCGCUUCCUCCCAGUAUUCAAAACCAGAUGGUGAGCCCAGAUGCUCCGCCUCCUUGGAGGGAUUCUCCUGAUAGCCUGGGCGGCUCUCAUGAUUUCCAUGCGCCGCCUCGUCCCGCGCGAAUGAAUAGCACGGAAUCCGAUUAUAGCGCGGUGUCUGCUCUGGAAACUCCAGAGAGCAUUGACGGGGUCAUUGAAGCAUGGAAUCGACCCCUUGCGCCACAGAGCAAACCUCCGACAGAGCAACGAACCCCCGAUUUCGAGCCGCAGCCGGUGUCCCCUCACCAAAGCCCUAGCCCGCUUGAUAUUCCCGCGAAACACGAGCCACCCCUCUCCGUCAAAGAGACCGCACCCAACGCUGUGGUGGAUCGUGUGAAAGUCGUAAUCAGUGAGCCGGCCCCACAGAUUAAGCCGGUAGAUCCCUACGAGGAUAUGGAUCCUUGGGCGAAGUCUUCUUUGGAACGUUACGUGGCCAUGCUACGAAAGGAAGCGGUGGCUGACUCGGACGAGGAACGAUUCAAACUCUUCACGGCAUUUAUGGCCAAGGAGAGUAAGCUUCGCGAGAUCCUUUACAACAUUGAGCAUGAACCCAAGAGCGACGGGGAUUCUACCCCGCGUCAGUCCUCCGUGACGGUUCAGCCUCCGGCCAAGGAGCCUGAUAGCAACACACCAGCGGUUGAGUCCGGUUUGAUACCGGUUGAUUCGGAGAUGGAAUACCCUAUGUCCGUGGUUAGUUCCGGUGGGGUGGAAGAUGGAAGCUAUAGUCCAGGAGGACGUCCCAUACUCCCAAGACUUCACACCCCUCAACCUCCAUCUCUCCAUCGAUCUGCGUCCAACCCGGCAAGCCAGAAAUAUGGCCCGGAAUUAUCGACCCCGUCGCACACUUUGCGUGCCGCAUCGGUGCCUCCUUCCAUGGACGAGGUCCACCGAGCCUUGUCUCCUCUUACCACAAACCCUCCACAGCGAAUUUACACCCCGUUCCGUUAUACGGAGGGACCUCAACGGGGCUCUGAUGAACUUGUAUUUGAUCGUCCGGCAUAUCAAGCUUACUCUGCUUUGCGCCAGGCGUCUGCGGAAAGCGGGCGAGUGAUGUCAGAUGCGCCACCUACGGGUGACCGGGACCGGUCGAGCUCGGUAGCGUCUAAGAAUACUGAUCAAGACGAAACAUUUGUCGGCUUGAUCCGAGAGAAAAGUGUUGCUUACCGGAAAAGGUCUCGCAAAGCAUCAUCAUCAUCAUCAUCACCAGUACCGCCGCUGCCCGCGGCUCUUCGCCGACAAGGAAAGGUGCCGGGUGCCAUUGAAGAGCUACGGUCUAUUAUUUCAUCGUCCACGAGCAAGAAAUCCGAGAGCUUGUGGCAUACCACGGCGAGAAAGGAUUUGGAAAGGUAUGCCAACGAUUUUGGCUUUAUCUUGGAGGUAUUCAAACCCUGGGAAUCGGCCAACAAGCUUCGCCGAGAGAACUUGGAGAGAGAGCGGGUCAAACGUCAAGAGGAAUCAGAGAGCCAUAUCGAUGAUUUGUUCAACGGCAAGGAGAUCGGCUACGCGGAUAUUAACAUCUUGGAGGAAGAGUUCCGGCAGACGGAAGCACGGACCCAGCUUGGGGAGGAGCGCCGGGAAUUAGACAGCUUCAUCGCGAAUGUUUUCACGCCCCUCGAUAAGCGCCUGGAAGACGAGAUUUCCGCCCUCGGAGUCCACUAUGAGUCUGCACUGGGCCAGCUCGGCCGUGAGAAUAGCCACGCGGAAUCCAGCGCAGACAAGCCGAGCAUCUCGCACACCAUGAAGAUUGUGAAUGAGAUCCACCACCGCCUGGAGAUGCGAUACCACAAACGCCUGGAGAUUGCUCUUGACCGGGAACGUCGACGCAAGAAGGCCGAGAGACGUCCCCUCGUCUUCAUGGGCGACUCCGCGGCUCUGAAGAAACUGGACCACGACUUUGAUCAGAUGGAGAAACAAAAUAUCCUGGAAGCGGCGCGCGGCCGCGAUGAGAGAGCCAACCGGCUCAUGGACGCUUUCGACGACGCGAUCCUGCGUGGUCUCGGCGAGAACCAGACGCAUCUCGACGAACUCGUUGCCAAAGUGGGCCCCGUCGACGAGACGGCCAUCGGCGCGUCGAGUCUCCCCGAGAUCGAGAUUGAGCAGGUGCUCACCUCCGUGUCUACGCUGGUCGAAUCGCUCCGCCAGGACUCCGAGUCAAUCCUGCAUAGCUUUGGCAUUGCCGACUCGGCGCUCAACAACGCGGACUACAGCGUCUCGGUCUCGGAGGCGCGCUACUCAAACGCCGAGCCAGAGGUCUUCCGCCAACUGGAGGCGGAGAAGAAGAAAGAAGACGGCAAGAUCCAGGACAACCUGCGCACCAAACUGCAGAGCGUGCGCGUUGGGCCGGCCAAAAUCACGGCCACCGUCAACGCGGCGCUCCGAUCCUUGGGCAAAACGCCUCCCCCCGAGCCACCCGUGCCGUCGGAUGACAUCCCCGCCAGCCAGGCAUAUGAUGUUUCAGUGCCGGGGCCUCGACCAGCAAGCACCGUGGGCACAGGCGGCAGGAAGGUAGUAGUUACUGAUGACGCGGUGCACCGGGAGCGACUGCGCAGGGCGCUGGCGGAUGCAAAGAAGCGGAACGCCGCAAAGAACAGUUCAUUAUCGUUGCCGUUGCCAGCUAGUGAAGGGUAGUAUAGUAACCUUUUACUUGAGAUUAAUACCCUUGUAAUUAUUAUUAUUAUUUUUUAAUUGAUUAAUGUGCAAGAAGAUCGUCCUGUAUCUAUGUAUCUAUAUACAAUAAGUAUACCCACCAAUACAAG